AUGAAAAAGUUCAUCAUAAUAACACUUAUUUUCAUUUGCAAUUCUAUAAAUGCAAAUGCAACAAGUGAGUUAGAAAUAGGAGUUAUUUAAUUUGAGGAGGCAAAAGGAUCUCAAAUUUAUAAUCAACUAGUUCGAUUUGAUACUCCAUUCGCAAAACCUCCUUAAGUAGCCAUAGCCUUAGUAGAACAUACAUCCACAACAGCUCUAUUUGCAAAGGUGAAAAAUGUUACCUAGCAUGAUUUCAUUAUCCAAUUUUUUAGUGCUGUCUCUUUGAAUGCAACUUACAGAUAUUUAGCAACUACAGACGACGAUGUUUAUAUAAACUGUUCAAAUUACAGAGCAACUCAACAAGCAAUAUUCAAAUAUCCAUAAUUUUAAACUAAGCCAAAUGCUAUAGCCUUCCUUGUAGGUUAUCAUCAUAAUGGAUUUGUUAAUAUUUCAAUAAAUGAGAAUAGUAAUACAUAAGCCAAUUUAUCAAUCAAUACAAAUGAUGUAUAACAAACAGCUAUAGGCAUUUGUUUGAUUGUUGGAAGCAAUCUCUAAUUUGAUGCAAAUGUUGAUACUCCAAAAUUUAGUCAUUAUCAUUUACACCAAGUUUAAUAAAGUAGUGGACAAGCAAAGUAGAAAAUUGAAGAAUCAUUGACAGAUUUGAAAACAUUUUUUGAUCAAAAUUCAAAUACAAAAGAGGAAGAGACUGAGCAAUCUAUUUAAAUUUCAGAAGAAUUAGAACCAUAAAAUGUAGAAGAUCUAGAAGAAUGUUAAUAAAAGCUUAAUGACAAUAUUAUAGAGGAAUCAAUUUCAGAUGAUUUAGGUGAGGAAGAAGAGGAUGAUGAAUAUUUCUGGAGUUCAAAAGACAAGAAAUAAUAAUAAUCUUCAGUUGAUUUUGAAUUAUAAUUAACUUUACUUCAAGAUGCUUUAAAAAAGAAACCUUAAAUUUAAUAAUAAACAAUUAAAGAACUAAUUAAAAAGAAUUCAAGUAAUUAAAAGGAAUAAAAACAAAAGCAAGUUAAGAAAGAUGAAAUUUAGAAGAAAAAUAAACCAGCAUUAGAUUAAGAAAUUAAGUCGAAUGAUAAUGUUAAGAAUACAGAGACUCAAAUUUUAAAUAAUGAAGAAAUUGAUAUGCAAUUACAAUAAAAGGAAUCUCAUGUAAAAUCUUUAAAAAAAGCAUUAAAAUUAGUAGACACUGCUAAAGAAAAAGUAUUAGAAGUAAUACUUCCACAAAUUGAAAGCGAAAAGUAAUUAUCCUAAGAAUUGAAUGAAGUUAAGGCUGAGAAUAAUCAAUAGGAAAUUCUAGAGGUUACUAAACCUAUUGGAUACUAAAGUCCUUUAAUAGAUGAAAUACCAAAAAUUGAAGAAAUCAUUGAGGUGAAAUAAAAGGAGAAGAAGUUCACAUAAAAGCUUGAUGGAUAUAUGUAGAGUUUUUCAGAGGAUACUUACACACAGAAGGUUUAGAAAAAGAAAUAAUAAGAAUAAGUUAAUAAAAUUGAGUCUAAUAACAAAGAAACUAUGGAAUAGAUACAAUUAAUUCAACUUACGGGUCAAUCUCAUUCAACUAAAGUUGUUUAUGAAGCUUCAGAAGAUUCUCUAAGAAAAUUUGAAGAAGAUUUUGAAAGAAGAAAGCAGGAGAAGAUGAAAGAAAUUAAAUAGCAAUUGAUUCCAGAGAAUAAGCCAACUAAAGUUAAAUUUUUAUCCUUAGCUUAAGAGGACGAAUAGCUAAGGUCAUAUAAAGAUUUCUUUUACAAUUGAAUAUUAUUAAUCAAACCUAAUAUAAAAUAUUUCUAUAUGCUUU